AGCAAAAUAAAUCGAAUAUAAUUCCAAUCUAAACAUGACAAAUACAUACUCCCUUUAUUAGAACUACAAUACGAGGAUAUCAUUCGAGAAAAAACAUACCACAAUUAACUAUGACACACAGUGAUGCAAAGCAAAAAAAACUCAGACAGAAGCAGCUACUAACGCAAAUACAUGUCCCCAAACGAACACAAACUCAAGGCAUGGAAGUAAUAAAAAGAGCAGUAGACAUUCCCUUACAAAGGGGUAUACGAAUAUAGAAGCAUAUGUGGGCCAAUCGAGAUUCGAUAUGUAGAUCCUGGCCAAUGAAAAACUGGCAGGUGGCACUCUUAAGGCUUCGAAGGCGGUGGAGCCAGGAAAGGGAGGUAAGGGAUUGUUAUGGAUGGGAUUGUUGUUGGAAUUGUUAUGGGUAUGGAUGGGAUUGUAGUUGGAAUUGUCGGAAUUAUCGUGGGCAAGGACGGAAAAGGCGGAAAGGUCGUCGGGAUUUUUGGUAGGGAAGAUGGCAAUGGAGGGAGUGUCGUUGGAAUGUUUGGAAUUUGUGGGAUAGAAGGGAUCGGUGGAAUCGUCGGGAUCGUUGGAAUCGUCGGGAUCGUUGGAAUCGUCGUUGAUGGAAGUGGUGGCAAUGUGGGUUUCGGGAGAGAGGGAAUGGUGGGCAGGGCCGGAGGGGGUGGCGUGUCUAAUAGGUGGCGAGCCGCCGAGCAAAUAUUGUCACCGAGCAACGACAAAACAACGAGCAUUGCGAAGAGGGAACUCUUGUGAGAAGCCAUGGCUAAAGAGAGGAGAGAGAAAGGUAGUGAGAGAGAGGAAGGAGAGCUAAAGAGUAGAGAAGAAAUU